GAUCCCCUUUCGGAGCACAGAAAGGUCCGACGUUUUUUUCUGCUUUUACAUCGAUUUUGAAACAAGCCAAAUAAGAGCCAAUUUACUUCUUAUUUAAAGGGUUCACUCCUUAAAUCGCCCUCCGUCAUGUCCCACCACCACCAUCAUAGUCACGACCAUCACGGGCAUUGCCACGGCGAGGGAGACGACGGCCACGACCACUCGAAUGAUAUCACACCAGCAAUCCAGUCCCUUCUCUACUCUCAAAUCCAGUUUGACUCAAUCAUCACACUGAACGAAGCAACUCCGCACUCUGGGGCAGCGAUUGUCAAGAAAACAUGGACGGAAAGACAGAACGAUCAACCAGAACUGGAGAGUGAUGCAGAUGAGCAACUCUUGAUGUAUAUUCCAUUCACCGGACAAGUCAAAGUUCACUCCCUUCUGAUAUACACAGCUCCAACCCCCUCCGCUCCCAAGACCUUGAAGCUUUUCAAAAACCGCGACGACCUAGACUUUGCCACAGCUUCCGAGCUGAAACCAACCCAAACGAUUGAAAUUCCACAGCCAAUUCCAGGAACUGAUGUUUUCGAGUUACCCUUGAACCGUGCGCACUGGAACACUACUACAUCGAUCACCUUGUUCUUUGAAGACAACUGGAGCGAUGGAGAGGAAGAUGUGACAAAGGUCGGGUACGUUGGGUUCAAGGGCCAGUUUAUGGCUUUGAAUAGGGAGCCUGUUAGCUUCUUGUACGAGGCUGCGGCUAAUCCUAAUGACCAUGUCGCGAUCCCGGGUGUGAGUGGCGUGGGUGGCAGGAUCAUGCCCGGCCAGUGAGGUGAUUUUCCUUCUAGAGGACGGACUCGAUAGUGGAUCAUGCUCCUGACCAUUAUAUGAGAGACCGUUCCAGGUAGCAUUGAUGACCUUACGAAUGUACUUAGGACACAUCCGGGGCAAGAGAGAACUCCUAGUUUAUGUAGAUGUAUUGUAGAGCGGGACUCU